AUGCAUCCAUUCAACCGUGACUUCAUUCCUCCCCGAUCAAGUGCGGACCCAAACCAAAGUGGUAAUCCUACUCGCCCCGUGUCGCCGGUUCCCACUAGACCCAACCCUUUCGGCUCCGGUUUUCUCGAUUAUAAUCAACAAAGUCCCGGGUUCAUGAAUCUUUUGAACCAACCGCUAUCAUGGGACCCUAAUCUCUACGGGUGGAACCCAAAUCAAAACAUGGAUGGGAUGGGGUCGUCUCAAGCGUUUGGGUCGGCUCAAGCUUUCGGCUCCCCACUACACGAACCCGAUGUUGUUCCGGAGACGCAACCCGAGGUACCGGAUACGCAACCGGAGACGCAAAAAGGAAAAGGAAAAGCAAAAGCAAAACGACCACAUAAAAAGAAAGUGGAAACCACCACCCGAGCGAAAAAAAAUGUGAUAAUGUGGGAGCCCGAAGAGGAGUAUGCGUUAACCCGCGCUUUCAUCGAUGUUUCGGAGGACCCGAUCAUAUCAAACAAUCAAAGUAAAACCAGGAGACGAAUACCGCCUACCGGACUCUAUAUCGGGGAAGUGGACCGAUAUAAAAAGAAAUGCACAAACUUUCAAAUCGUGUACCAACGCUUGUUUUCCGGAUGGAAAAGUGGAAGUAGCGAUGAAGACAUUACGCAAGAGGCAUUGGUCGAGUAUACGGAGGCUAAUGGCCAUUUCCCGUACAUGAGGUGUUGGCAAAUCCUUCGCCAUAGCCCCAAAUGGGCCACCGUAUCUACUCCGAGUGGUCGUUCGGGAAAUACACGGCCAUCAAAGAGGUCCAAAACAAACGAGUCGGGUGAACCCGAAACGCCAACCUCCGACGCUCGAAACACCGACUUGAACGAGGAUAUUCCGGAUGACGAGCCGGUGGAGGAGCUACCAAGACCGUCCGGAAGAAAAAGCCGGGCGAAAAAACCCGAGUCGUCGUCGAUGUCUAUGGGAACGGAUAUGAGUAACGCAUUUUCGGAGAUAAACAAGCGACUUCGAGACAUACACGAACUCGGUAAUAAACGUUUGGAGGAGAACCGCGAAGUUACGAAGAUUAUGCGGGAUAGACAAUGGGCUCACGACUUUGAGUUCUACUCGAAACCGCAUGACCACUUAACGGGAAAAGCUUUGAAAAUGGCGGUGGCACAAAAGGAGCGGAUUGAAAAAAAAUAUAACCUUUGA